CCACCCCUCCAGACAGACUCACCUGGGCGCACCCGCACCCGGGGCUGUGGGAAUGUGCGGAGGUGCCUAGGGCGUCGGCUGAAGGCCUUUGGAUGCCUGAGCGCCAGGAAGCUGGUUCUUUACUCCUGUGUCUGAUGCAGGGAGGGAAGGCCUGCCCCCAUGACCUGGCCCUGGGGUGGAGAGGGGGGGCAGCCAGUCCUGGUUGAGUCCUGCCCCACCACUAACUAGCUGCUAACUGACCGUGUGUCCCAGACCCGCUCAGCCAUGCAAAUGGCAGGUGACGGUGCCGUCAGCGUCAGCGCCUCCUUGCAGGACGCGGGGGCCUUCCAGCCCCUGCCUGUUUGUGCACCCCCUUCCCCUUGGCGUGUGGGCCUCGCUGGCCAUCAGCGUGCUCAUAGGUCUGUCGUGGAGGGCAGGGCGGUGGUGCUGUCAUCCCCGGAGUGUCCAGUGCCAUCCUACAGACCACCGGGCCUCUCUCCAAAAUCAGUAAAAACCUGUAUUUAAAGACGCAUUGAAGGCAGCACGGUAGAGUGUUGGUUGUUUACCCUGUGCCCGUGGCUGCCCGGAGCUGCGUACCACUAGCCCGAGAAAGCACAUCAGAGUUACGGCUCCGGACAGUGUCCACUCCACGGAACACGACUGCUUUUGACCCUCGGGAAAUGGAACGAUUACAUAGUGACUGCCCGCGAUGCGAUGCGAUCCAGGAGGCUGUGAAUUCAGUUUUGUGCCCUGGUUACGCCAGGUUUGAGAAGGCGCUGUCCAUGUUCGCACCGGGCGAGAGGAAGCCGAGACCUCCGAGACCCCCGCGAUGAGCGAGCCCUACGUGAAGAAGCUGUCCACCAUCCUGCUGGACUCCGUCACCGACAAGGACCCCCUGGUGCAGGAGCAGGUAUGCAGCGCCCUGUGUGCCCUUGGGGAGUCGCAGCCAGAGGAGACGCUCAGCGCCUGCGAGGAGCACCUGCGGCAGCACGAAAAGCUGGCUCAUCCUUACCGGACGAUGGUCCUGAGGGCCAUGGAGACGAUCGUGAGCAAUCACAUCAGUGAGCUGGGCAAGGACGUGACCAGGGCCAUCAUCCUCCUGGCCUCCAGCGAGAUGACCAAGGUGAAGGACCUGGUUUCUGACUGGCAGCAGGCUGCCAGCAGCGUCCUCGUGGCGGUGGGCAAGCGCUUUGUUGGCAUGGUGAUGGAGGAGAUGCUGGGCAAGUUCCAGCCCGGGGUCCUGCCUCACUGCUUCGUGGUGCAGACGUUAGCCAACCUCUCAGUCUUCAAUGUGUUCGGCAUGGUGCCCUUCCUGACGUCUGUUCUGAGCACCAUGCUGCCCAUGCUGGGCAUGGCCAAGCACGAUUCCAUGAGGGUGGUGUUCUGCUGUGCCCUGCAGCGCUUCAGCGAGAGCACCCUUGAGUACUUGGCCAACCUGGACCAAGCCCCAGACCCCACAGUCAGGAAGGACACCUUUGCCUCCGACAUCAGCAGUGCCUAUGACACCCUCUUUCACCACUGGCUGCAGAGCCGCGAAGCCAAACUCCGGCUCGCUGUGGUGGAGGCCCUGGGGCCCAUGAGCCACUUGCUGCCCAGUGAGAAGCUGGAGGAGCAGCUCCCCAAGCUCCUGCCCGGAGUCCUUGCCCUCUACAAGAAGCACGCCGAGACCUCCCACGUGUCCAAGAGCCUGGGCCAGAUCCUCGAGGCGGCAGUGAGCGUGGGCAGCCGCACGCUGGAGGUCCAGUUGGAUUCGCUCCUGGCCGCUCUGCACGCUCAGAUCUGUGUGCCUGUGGAGACUUCCAGUCCCCUGGUGACGAGCAACCAGAAGGAGGUGCUGCGCUGCUUCACAGUGCUGGCAUGCUGCUCGCCCGAACGCCUGCUGGCCUUCCUGCUGCCCAAGCUGGACACCAGCAAUGAGAGGACCCGCGUGGGCACCCUGCAGGUUCUGAGGCACAUCAUCAACUCAGCCGCUGCUCAAAUGGAAGUUAAGAAGCCCUUCAUCCUCUCCUCUAUGAGGCUUCCCCUUCUGGACCCCAAUAGCAAGGUGAAGCGGGCGGUGGUGCAGGUAAUCAGCGCCAUGGCCCACCAUGGCUACUUGGAGCAGCCUGGGGGCGAGGCGAUGCUGGAGUACAUCGUGCAGCAGUGUGCACUGCCCCCCGAAGCCCAGCAUCAGAAGCCCAGCGGCGAGGAGGAGCCCCCGGCGGACAGCGUGCGGGACAUCAGCGUCAGCACCCUCUACCUGGUCAGCACCACCGUGGACAGGAUGAGCGAUGUCCUCUGGCCGCACCUGCUCCAGUUCCUCACCCCCGUGCGCUUCACGGGGGCGCUGACCCCGCUCUGCCGGAGCCUCGUGCACUUGGCCCAGAAGAGGCAGGAGGCAGCGGCUGAGGCCCCCCUCAUCCAGUAUGACGCCAACGUGACCCUGCCAUCUCCAUACGCCAUAGCCACACGGCUUCUGACCGUGUCUUCCAGCCCCUACCUGGGGGGGGGCCGUGGGGCGGCCUCGCUGUGCCUCCUGAACGUCCUGCAUCGGGACAUCCACCCUUCGCUGGGUCAGCGGUGGGCAACGACCAUCGCCCUGCUGCUGGAGCACCUGGAAGAACAUACUGCGAAGACCCUGUCACAGAAGGAAUGGGAGGAAAAGCUGCUGGUGUUCCUUCGGGAUAGUCUUGCUGUUGUGUCUGACAACACAUGGAUCUGCCAGCUGAGCCUGGAGAUGUGCAAGCAGCUACCCUGCUACAACGGGACGCCCCAGGAGAAGAACUUCCUGUACAAAUGUGUGGGGACCACCCUGGGUGCUGCUUCCAGUAAGGACGUGGUGAGGAAACUCCUGCAGGAGCUGCUGGAGACAGCCAGAUACCAGGAGGAGGCCGAGCGCGAGGGCCUGGCCUGUUGCUUUGGGAUCUGUGCCAUCUCCCACCUGGACGACACCCUGGCCCAGCUGGAGGACUUUGUGAGGUCGGAUGUGUUCAGAAAAUCCAUUGGCAUCUUCAACAUUUUUAAGGACCGGAGCGAUAACGACGUGGACAGAGUGAAGGGCACGCUGAUCCUGUGCUACGGGCACGUGGCGGCGCAGGCCCCCCGCGAGCUGGUGCUGGCCCGGGCCGAGUCCGACAUCCUGCGGAAUAUGUUUCAGUGCUUCAGCACCAAGGUUCUGGGAAUAAAGGUAGAGACCAAGGACCCGGGCCUACAGCUGUGCCUUGUCCAGAGCAUGUGCAUGGUGUGCCAGGCCAUCUGUAGCAGUGCGCAGGCCGGCUCCUUCCACUUCACGAGGAAGGCGGAGCUGGUGGCCCAGAUGAUGGACUUCAUCAAGGCAGAGCCCCCAGACUCCUUGCGAACACCCAUUCGGAAGAAGGCCAUGCUCGCCUGCACCCACCUGGUCUCCCUGGAGCCUGAGCUGGAAGAGCAGGUGCAGUCGGACAUAAUCCACAGUUGUCUGCACAGCAUCAUGGCUGUGCCGCCCGAGCCUGAGGGGGAGGGUGGCCCCCAGGAGGUAUCUCCACGUGCCCCUCACCCCCGCCCAUGUCUGUGGGGGGCAGAGAAGAGGCUGCGGUGGGCGGUGUGGUCACUGGUGGGCCGGCGCCCCCUUCCCUCCCUCCAGUUCCUGUACCUGGACACCAUGCACACCCUUGAGGAUCUGCUGAGGAGCAUCCUUCGGCGGAACAUGACCCCCCAGGGCCUGCAGCUCAUGGUGGAGCACCUGAGCCCGUGGAUCAAGUCCCCGCGGGGCUACGAGCGGGUGCGGGCGCUGGGCCUGAGCGCUUGUCUGCUGCAGUUCUUCCUGGAGCACCUGCACGUCAGUGCCCUGGUGCCCUUCCACAACCUGGGCCUCCUCGUCGGCCUCUUCUCCCCACGGUGUGCGGACCUGUGGCCUGCCACCCGCCAGGAGGCCGUGAGCUGUGUCUACUCCCUGCUCUACCUCCAGCUGGGCUACGAGGGCUUCUCCCGUGACUACCGGGACGAUGUGGCCGAGCGGCUCCUCACCCUCAAAGACGGCCUUGUGCACCCCGACCCCGCCAUCCUCUUCCACGCCUGCCACAGCAUCGCUCAGAUCAUCGCGAAGCGCCUCCCGCCGGAUCAGCUCAUCAACCUCUUGCUCACCUUGUUUGAGAGCCUGGGAGACCCCGACAAGAACUGCUCCCGAGCGGCUACAGUCAUGAUCAACUGCCUGCUGAAGGAGCGGGGCAGCAUGCUGCUGGAGAAGGUGCCCGAGAUCAUGAGUGUGCUGCGUUCCAGGCUGCAGGAGACCCGCGAGGAGCACGUGCUGCAGUCCGCCCAGCACAGCGUGUAUGUCCUGGCCUCCCAGCACUGCGUGGCCGUGGUGACCAGCCUCCUGGGCAGCCCCCUGCCCUUCGACAGCCACACCUGCUCCCUGUGGCGGGCGCUGGCGGUGGAGCCCGGCCUCAGCGCCCAGGUGCUGGGGCUCCUGCUGGAGAAGAUGAGCAGAGACGUGCCCUUCAAGGAGAGCCGGGCCUUCCUGCUGAGCAGCGCCCCCGACCGCGUGGCCACGCUGCUGCCCCUGGCGGCCACCUGCGCGCUGCACGAGGUCAUGUCUGCUCCGGCGUCCGGGCCUGCGGUGACCGAGCUCUACCCCCAGCUGUUUGCUGGGCUGCUGCUGCGUGUCAGCUGCACGGUGGGCGUCCAGCUGCCCCGCAACCUGCAGGCCAAGGAGCGGAGGGCCGGCAGUUCAGCGCUGGCCUCCAGGACCCUCGAUCCCUGCAGCACUGCAGUGGAUGCUCUGCGGGCCGUGCUGCUGCGGGGCGGCAGCGAGGACGUGGUGCAGCGUGUGGAGCUGGAGGGGGGCUGGGAGCUGCUGAGCACCUCCGCAGGGCAUGAGGAUGGGGUGGCCCGGCUGGCCAGUGCCAUGGCAAAGUUUGCAGGCCCCCGGCUGCCCCUGGUGAUGAAGGCGCUGCUGGGCGCACAGAGCAGUGUGUACGAGGCCCAGAGGGUCACCUCCACAGCCUUCCUGGCCGAGCUGCUCACCAGCAACGUAGUGAAUGACCUGAUGCUCCUGGAGUCGCUGCUGGACAACCUGGCCGCCCGGCAGAAGGACCCGUGUGCCAGUGUACGGCGGCUGGUGCUCCGCGGCCUGGCCAACCUCGCCUCCGGCUCCCCCGAUAAGGUGCGGGCCCACGGCCCCCAGCUCCUGACAGCCAUGAUCAGCGGGCUGGACGACGGGGACGGCCCGCACAGCCUGGUGGCCCUGGAGGCCAUGGCAGGCCUGGCCAAGCUGCUGGGCCUGGUGGAGCCUGAGGACCUGCGCGCGGUGCUGCUGCACACGGCCAUCCGCAUCCGGCCCUUCUUCGACAGUGAGAAGAUGGAGUUCCGCUCUGUGUCCAUCCGCCUCUUUGGGCACCUCAACAAGGCCUGCCAUGGGGCCUGUGAGGACGUCUUCCUGGAGCAGGUGGUGGGGGGGCUGGUGCCCCUGCUGCUGCAUCUGCGGGACCCCCAGGCCUCUGUGGCUGCUGCCUGCAGGUUUGCCCUGCGCAUGUGCGGCCCCAACCUGGAGUGUGAGGAGCUGGCUGACGUCUUCCAGAAGCACCUGCAAGACGGCCGUGGCCUGCACUUUGGCGAGUUCCUCAAUGCCGCCUGCAAGCACCUGAUGUGCUACUUCCCGGACCUGCUGGGCCGCCUGGUGAGCACCAGCCUGUUCUACUUCAAGAGCAGCUGGGAGGACGUCCGAGCGGCUGCCCCCAUGCUCACAGGGUUCCUGGUGCUGCAUGUGGAGCCCCAGCAGCAGUCGCAGGUGGACCUGGAACAGCUCACUGCCGCCCUGCAGCUCCUACUCAAGGACCCAGCCCCCAAGGUGCGAGUGAAAGCUGCCGAGACUCUGGGCCGCCUGGUGAAGUUCGCCUGAGGCUCCGGCAUGCUGCCCCCGACAAGCAGCACCGCCAGGGCUGGCCUGGGCCUCAGAGUGCCUGCCCCAGCCACACGGGACCAAGCAGGGCGGGCAGUCUGUGCGGCCCCCCCACCCCCACCCCGGCUUCCAAUAAAGCUGUUCACUCCUCAGCAGGUGA